AUGCCUGAAUCGUUUUUUACUGCUUUUAUAAACUACCAUUUUGACUAUUUUGUGAAUGAAUUCAUCAUACCCUUUUAUUUCAAACCAACACGAAUAGCACCUAAACACUCUAUAUCACCACUACCACCACCAUUACUGAUCAAAGAUAAAGAAGAGAUAACAAGUCUAAUUGAUCAUAUCUGUUCAAGUCCAGUACAGACUGAUUGUUGCAAGAAGAAAAAAAGGCAUUAUUCGAUAUCCAUUUCAGACAGCAUUGAAUUUUGUCACCCCUUUGAUAAUUUACCUCAACUUUCACCAAGUCUAUCGACGUGUUCACAAAGUACAGUAUGGAGCUCUUCGUCUACAGAUACUAAGAAAUCAAGAGUGGAAGAAAUCAUUGACUGGUUCGAAGCAGGUAGUUAUCAUCGGCCCGAGCGUCGCUAUAGCGUAGACUCUUAUCAGCCUAAACGAUAUCUGAUUCCACAACGCAAGUUUGAAUACCAACCUACUGUUCAUGAAUGGAAGAAAAGAGAAGCUGGUACUUUUCCUCUUUCUGCAUCUCAAUCAACACCAACCAGACGAACAAUGUUUUCUAUUCCUGAAAAACCAAAAGCAGUGUAG